AUGAAUGAACCAGCGACGGUGGACAAGGAGAACAAAUCGAAGAAAGUCUCCACAACCGAAUCCUACACAUUUCAGAACCAGAGAGGCUGGCGGAGAUGGCGCAUACUACGACCUGGACGCGGUAUGUAUCACGACGUUAAACGACGGCUACCGUAUUACUGGAGCGACAUCACGGAUGCGUUCACAUAUCGAGUUUUUGCCAGCACAGUGCGUAUGUACUUCAUCAACGUUCUACCGGCUAUUGCCUUUACUUUAGACAUGUAUCGUCGCACUGGCGGGUUCUUCGGCAUCAACGAAGCACUGCUCGCAUCUGCACUGGCUGCUAUGGUAUUCAGUCUUCUUUCUUGUCAACCACUCACUAUCGUCGGCGUCACUGGUCUGAUAGCUCUAUUUAACUACACAAUAUACGACAUCAUCGAGAUGCACGACCCCUCUAUCUACCCAGCGUUUACGGCUUGGGUCGGCAUUUGGGCGGCGAUCUUUCACUGGAUUGUGAGUUUCAGCAACUACUGCGAUUACAUGGCGUACGUCACGGAUUUCUCUAGCGAGACAUUUGGCAUGUACGUUGGUAUCAUAUACUGUGUGAAGGGCGUGGAGGAACUUGUCUACCUCUUCGAGGUCUCUGCGUUCGAAGGUGGCUACCUAUCCAUUGUAAUAGCCAUGCUCUUCUUCGGAUCCGCUUAUGGGCUUGAGAAGAUUGGUGGCAGCACAAUUUGGAAGCCGUGGAUUCGUGGCUUCCUUGCCGACUAUUCCUUCGUCUUCUCCACACUCUUCUGGGUUGGGUUCUCGCACUUUCCUGGGCGCCUAGGCAGAACUGAGCAGUACCGAGUACCAACUGUUGGCGCUUUCCAGCCUACACAAGCUCGAAACUGGGUGAUCGAGUUCUGGACUCUGGACGUCAAGUGGGUGUUUGUGGCAGUACCAUUCGGCUUUCUGAUGAUGCUCCUUUUCUACUACGACCAUAAUGUGUCUUCUCUCACCGCGCAAGCGCGACAAUACCCUCUCAAGAAGCCCGCAGGUUUCCACUGGGACUUCUUUCUUCUCGGUUGUACCUGUUUCGUUGCUGGUGUUAUCGGUCUACCUUUGCCAAACGGCCUGGUUCCUCAGGCUCCCGUACACACAGAUUCAUUGACAGUCUACGAGACUCGCCUUGAAGUUGUCGAAACAAAAGAUGGCGAGGAGAUCCGCAAACCUCAUGUGGAAGCUACAGCUGUUGUCGAGCAGCGCGUUAGUCACUUCCUGAUGGGCAUGGCUAUUUGGGGCACGAUGACUGGCCCGCUUCUCACAGUCCUGAGCACCAUUCCUGUGGCUGUGUUUGCCGGGGUAUUCUUCGUCGUUGGCUGGGGCUCGAUUGAGAGCAAUGGUAUCCUCGCAAAGUUCUGGUAUCUCAACGCAGAGAAGCGCUUCAUCGAGCCAAAAAACCCGCUCAAUUCCGUCUCACGCAAAAAGAUCUGGCAGUACAUUGGGCUCCAAGCGCUCGGUGUCGCCUGUACCGUCGCCAUCUCGCAGACAAUUGCGGCUAUUGGAUUUCCUGUUUUGAUCAUCGCACUGAUCCCACUGCGUACGUUCCUCAUGCCAAUGUGGUUCUCUGAGCACGAGCUCUCGAUUCUUGAUGCGCUUACGGCGAACAACCCAGCUGUGCUGGUCAGCUUUGGUGGUACACCUGCGAAGAUGAAAGGUCUGGAACAAGCUUUCAACGAGAGCUCGACUGAGGCCGCGGGUGACAUCGAGCAGGGCGACGGAUACGAUCUAGAUCGUGCGAGGUCUCGAGGUAGUCGAAGCCGUAGUGCCGUACGCCAGCACGCGGGAAGCAUUAAAAGAUAG